GUUUCGAUGUUAUCAACAUAUAUAUUGACCUUGCUCUCUCAUCUCUGAAAGGUAUUCCAAUGGCGGAUCAGACCCAGAAGCCAGAGCUUUUUGAACUCAACAAUGGAACCAUUCAGGUUCUCCUUUCCAACCUUGGUUGCACCAUCAUUUCCCUCGUUGUUCCGGACAAAGAUGGGAAAUUGGCUGAUGUCGUCCUUGGACUCGACUCUCUAGACUUGUAUCAGGAGGGUCUUUCACCUUAUUUUGGCUGCAUUGUUGGUCGAGUCGCAAACAGAAUCAAAGACGGGAAGUUUACACUCGAUGGGCAAGAAUACUCUUUGUCUAUUAACAGACCUCCAAACAGUCUCCAUGGUGGGCACCAAGGAUUUGACAAGAAAUUAUGGGAGGCGAGCAAUUACAUAAGGGGCGAGAAUGCAUCGAUCACCUUUAAGUAUCGAAGUGCUGAUGGAGAGGAAGGUUACCCAGGAGCUGUCUCCGUUACUGCAACUUACACACUCACUUCAAGCACAACAAUGAGGCUUGACAUGGAGGCAAUCCCUGAAAACAAGGCCACCAUAAUCAACUUGGCUCAACACACCUACUGGAACUUAGGUGGGCAUAGUUCUGGGAAUAUUCUCAACCAUUCAAUUCAACUUUGGGCAAACCAUUUUACUCCAGUUGAUGAGAACACGGUCCCAACCGGUGAAAUCGUGCCUGUCAAAGACACCCCCUUUGAUUUCACUGCUGAGAAGACGAUCGGUAGCUCUAUUAAUGAGGUUGGCAUGGGAUAUGAUCACAAUUACGUGCUCGACUGUGGAGACGAAAAAUCAGGUUUGAAGCAUGUUGCAAAAGUGAAGGAACCAUCAAGUGGAAGGGUCCUGGACUUGUGGAGCAAUGCCCCUGGAGUGCAGUUUUACACUGGCAACUAUGUCAAGGAUGUUGUGGGCAAAGAACGUGCUGUUUAUGGUAAGCAUGCAGGUCUGUGUUUGGAGACACAAGGAUUCCCCAACGCGGUGAAUCAACCCAACUUCCCAUCUGUUGUGGUUCAACCGGGCGGGAAGUACCAGCACACCAUGCUAUUUGAGUUUUCAGUUGAAUAGGUUGCUGAGUUUUAUUGUGACAAUAAUAAGGUUCAUUUCCAUGCUAUUUGGUUCUUGUUUUAUCAAACAAGUGGAUGAGUUGUUUUGAGACAAUAGGAAUCCUACAGUUGUUUCAAUUGCUUGUGUGAUU